AGCCUCCGGGACUCGGAGCCAGAUCGCCCGCACCGCGCAACGCCUGCUGGGGGCCUGCCGCCUCGGCCAAGAUGUCGCUGAUCGAGAAAAGAAAGCUUGAGUCGGGGCACGGCGGCGCAGGAGGGGAGGGAGCCGAGAAGGAAGAUGGCGGGGAGCAGGAGGCAGCCCAGCCGGGACCCCGGAGGACUAAGUGCGAGCGAGACCAGCUGUACUACGCGUGCUACUCCGACGUGUCGAUCCACGAGGAGAUGAUCGCCGACCGCGUCCGCACCGACGCCUACCGCCUGGGCAUCCUGCGGAACUGGGCCGCGCUGCGAGGUAAGACGGUGCUGGACGUGGGAGCGGGCACCGGCAUUCUGAGCAUCUUCUGCGCCCAGGCCGGUGCCCGGCGCGUGUACGCCGUGGAGGCCAGCGCCAUCUGGCAACAGGCCCGGGAGGUAGUGCGGCUCAACGGGUUGGAAGACCGCGUGCACGUCCUGCCAGGCCCGGUGGAGACGGUGGAGCUGCCGGAGAAGGUGGACGCCAUCGUGAGCGAAUGGAUGGGCUACGGACUUCUGCACGAGUCCAUGCUGAGCUCCGUGCUCCACGCGCGGACCAAAUGGCUGAAGGAGGGCGGUCUCCUCCUGCCGGCUUCCGCGGAGCUCUUCGUGGCCCCGAUUAGCGACCAGAUGCUGGAAUGGCGUCUGGGUUUCUGGAGCCAGGUGAAGCAGCAGUACGGCGUUGACAUGAGCUGCCUGGAAAGCUUCGCCACGCGCUGCCUCAUGAGCCACUCGGAGAUCGUGGUGCAUGGUCUGUCCGGCGAGGACGUGCUGGCCCGGCCGCAGCGCUUUGCCCAUCUCGAGUUGGCCCGCGCCGGCCUGGAGCAGGAGCUGGAGACCGGUGUAGGCGGGCGCUUCCGCUGCAGCUGCUAUGGCUCGGCUCCUCUGCAUGGUUUUGCCAUCUGGUUCCAGGUGACCUUCCCUGGAGGGGACUCGGAGAAACCUCUGGUGCUGUCCACCUCGCCUUUUCACCCGAGCACCCACUGGAAGCAGGCGCUCCUCUACCUGAAUGAGCCGGUGCCUGUGGAACAAGAUACGGACAUUUCCGGAGAGAUCACUCUGCUGCCCUCCCGGGACAACCCCAGACAUCUGCGUGUCCUCUUGCGCUACAAAGUGGGGGACCAGGAGGAAAAGACCAAAGACUUUGCCAUGGAGGACUGAGCUGAGCGUUGUCUUUUCUCCCACCCACCUUCUUCGGAAGGUCCGAAGAGGAAGGGAGAGUGACUUCAGUCUUCAGUUGAGGACAUUCUUCUGGCAAUGUUUAUUUAAAAUGCACCUUUUGACAGUAGCAUCAUGGCUACACAUGAAGAGCAUUGUAUGCUCCUGAGUACCAAAGGAUCCAAAGAGUGCCACAGCCUUUAGGAUGAGCACACUUGGGAGGGAUGAAAGUCUGAGGAGUGUGGACACCCAGGCACUGUCUGAUGUGUUAUGUGGAUUGGGACUGGUAAUGUGGAGCUCCAGGCUCCAGGCCUAGAUUGCCAGACCCAAGAGAGAGCAUUAUGGUAAAGUUCACCUCCCUCACAACUUACAUUCAUUUAAAGCUAUAGAAACUUCCAUUUUUUCCCCCAUUAAAUUACUGAGCCAAUGAACAGAGUUGUUAAAAAUACAGUCUAAUAGUCAUUGUGAUAGGUAUUUGGGGUUGUAAAUGUGAACUCUGCCCUCCAAUAGAUCACUACCACUAGAGAAAGCCAUGAUUUAGGUGGUUUUAGUGUCAGAAAGGAUAAAUUAUUUUACAUGUUAAGCAAAAAGAUUCUAUAGAAAUUGAUUUGCCUAAAUAUAUAUAUAUAUAUAAUUAUUUUUGUUUUGUUUUGUGAGAUGGAAUCACUAGAGGAACACUGUCCUGGAACUCACAAUGUAGCUGAGAAUGACCAUGGACUCUUGAUGUUCCUGCCUCCACCUUCCAGAUACUGGAGUUAACAGCCCUGUACCACUGUGCCCAACACACACCUAAUUCUUGGCAGUUAGAUCUUGAGCACAGCUCUUUUACUUCUUAACUCUAAAGAAAAAAUCACUGUCAUUGAUCUUGUGUAUUUCAGUAGAGAACAGACCACAACAGACCACCAUAAUGGUAACAAAGGUUUAAUUAUUUGAUGAUAAAGGAAAAAUUUAGUUCUAGGAAGUCUCACAGGUGACUCCAGACCUUCCUGGAAGAACCAUCUGCAGUCCUUGAGUUUGACACAGUAGUCACUCAUUGGGACAACCCCUGUUUUUAUUUCUCUAACAGUUAAUCAAAGGUGACACUCUGGGAUCCCCAGCAAAGACAAGUGAACUCCUUGUCACGUUGGCUGAGGGGCAUCUGCCAGCUCUGAAGGAGAUAGAGAAAAUGGCAUAAGGAGUUGGAGAAGGUAGAUAAGAAAGUUGCCUGCUGCUAACAGCUGCCAGCCCUGCCAUUAUCCCCACAGUUUACACUACCCAGUACCUGGGAUAGAUGGCACCCAGGGAGCAUUUGCAAACACAGGCCCCACUCCCCCUAUAUACUCAUCUUUGUAUGUUUCUCCUGUAAUUUUAUUAUCAGCAACUACAUAGUGUUUAAGCACUAUAAUGAGUAUAUCCCCCUCUCAAAAUCUAGGAUACAAUGGGGACAAUAAAAUGACAUAAGUUGUUUGUGUUCAUCCAUAAGCCUGGAAAUCCUUUCCAGUUCUUAGUUCUGCUGAUCCAACUUGGAAAAGCAGAGCUCAUCCUUUAAGCCUCUCCAAGACUUGAAAAAUCCUCUUCCUAUCAACAGGUAGAUUGUGAACACCUAGAAGACGUUACCAUCUGAUGUUCUCAAUUUAGACAGUGCUCUCCAAAAUACUGGUCUGUUGCAUAACAGAGAGAUGUUAAAUAGUCGAUCUUCCUUGGCUACUAAAACAAAAAAAAAUUCUAAGACAAAUUUAUAUUCAGCUCUGUGUGUGUGUGUAUGUGUGACUGUUUUGUGUGCGUGUAUGUCUGUUGGUGUGUGCAUAUGGGUUUGUGUGUGCGUGUGUCUUCCACAGCUUUGUACAUGAUUUCAUUUCCAUGCUCCAGUUUGUGAUUUAUCCUUUCACUUAUAAUAAAUAUUACAUGUUUUGUUGGAA